CAAGCAUGUCGCUCUGCGUUGUUCCUUGUUUACUGGAGUGGUUCGCCGCCUGCUCGGGCGGUUUAGUAGCUUGCUGUGUGUCAGUUUGUGCAGUCGGUGAAGGCGAACGCUCCCUUUGUUUGUGCACUUCAGGGACACAAAGCCUCGCUAAACCGAGAGCAUCUGUCCGUCCAAGCGGCCAGACAGGAUUAUUUUAAAGGCUCGAUGCUAGUUGUUCAAAGCUAAAACGCUCGGCUUUCCAGCCGUUUAUUUAGAGGUAAGACCAGCUCUGUUCGCGUCUUGGCUGUAACACUUUCAACAACACGGCUACGAGUGAGCUAACUAGCCAACUAGCUAGUGACUGACGUUCGUGCACAUAAAAGAUUAAACCACUUGGUCUCCUGGAAGGACGAGAUUAGUGAGGCGCCGCAGUUGUUUUGAAGGCGAAGGACGUGGCGCGAGUGACCGAGGCUUGUAGUAUCGUGUCAGGAAAGGCGGGAGGUUGAGAGACAGCGGUUAUAUUAAUAUAUGAGACGUACGUCUGCGUGUGGAGUCGCAGCUCCCUCCUGGUCUCUGAAUUGGUUCCCCCGGUCUGUCUAUCUGCGCCUGGGCUGCGUGGGAUGGGAGGGGCGCCAAUGCAGCUCAGAUCGGCUGAACGCAGAUCUGCUGCUUAAACCCUCCGAAUGCAGACCGGCUGCAAACUCAGCGUGUCAUCGAUUACUGAAGUACCACAAGGCGCCCAACGCUUCAGCAGCACUGCUUAUGGAAACGGGCCUCUUCAGAAAUGUGCGCGAACGUCUUCGGCGUGUUGAAGAGCCUUUUCGGGAAGCCCUUUGAUGGUGGGAAGCGGACCAUGGAUCAUGGCAGCCAGCAGCAGCAGCAGACUCAACAGAUGCCAGGGCCAUUCCAGGGAUUCGCAGGGCCUCAGGGUCCAUGUCCUGGCCAGCACCCUACCCUGGUACGCCUGGACGAGCUGCAGAGGGAGGUUGCCAUGCUGGGCCAGCAAGUGUGCUCCUUCAGCGGCCUUCAAAGCGACCGAGAGUACAAGCGUCUGGAGCGUGAGCUGACCCAGCUACUGCUGGAGGUCGAUCAGGUGGAGACAGAGGGGCGGAUGGAACUGCAGCAGGCUAGAAAGCGGGCAGCAGGAGAGGUGGAGGGGUUGCUACGCUACUUGGAAGGCAAUGCCACUCACCCAUCUCGACUAGCCAUAGAGGAGCUGAGCCGGGAGGCGCAGAGCCUUCUUUUGGCUGGAGUGGUGGCGCCAUUCCGGCAGGGUCAGGCCCAGAAUGCCUCUGAGACUGGUGAGGAGCUGGUGGAGGCUGUGCAGGAUGUGGCCAUGCGACUAGCCCAGGUGAAGACAGGUGGGAGCGUGCCUCUCAGAAAGGCUCGAUACCGAGCUCUCACACGUGUCUGUGCUGUACAGGAAGUGCUGGAGGGCCGUGUGCGCAUGCACACACUCGCGCUGCCUUUAUCUGAUGAGACCCAUGAAGCCGUGCAGCGCAUCAAUCAAGUGAUGGUUCAGGUAAGUGGUGCCCGCUGCCAACUGGUGGCUCUGCUGAUGGGGUUGAGUGGACGUGACAGUUGUGCCCACUUAGCACGUGUCCUUACUGAGCUGCUGGUGGAACUUGAUGCUCUGGAUGUGUCCAGUAACACAGCGGUCAGGAACUACAGGAAACAAGUGGUGGAGGAGAUCAAUGGUCUACUCAAACACAUCGACCUGGAAGGGGAGGGUGAUGACACUUUCAGGUAUGACUUGGCCCAGAACGACUCCAUCCGUGAGAUUGAGGCUAUCCGAGGGCGCGUCUCUGUGCUGCGUGGGGAGGUCCUCCGGCAAGGUGUGGCAGGGCAGGGGGCAGAGCUGCAGAGUCUUUUAACUCAUCUGGACGAAGUAGACACAGGGCGGAACCCCUGUAUCAGGGAGGCACGGCGAAGGGCUGUGCUAGAGAUCCAGGCUGUCAUCACCUACCUGGACCUCCGGGAAGCCCUCGGGCGCCGUGAACCUGGCCCAGAUGAACCUCCGCCUCAUGCGGCUGUGUGGCGUGUUCUGGCCAGCUUGUCCGACUUGCAGGCCCAAGUGCUAGGCUUUGACGGUAAGAGAGCUGACAAGAGCUACAUGGUGCUUGAGGAGUUGCUUACCAAACAGCUGCUGGCUCUGGAUGCUGUGGACCCUCAGGGGGACCAGGGAACCAAAACUGCACGUAAACAAGCAGUUAAAUAUGCUCAGAACAUCCUCAGCUACCUGGACAUGAAGACAGACGAGUGGGAAUACUGAGAGUGAGGAGAAGUGGUGCAGAAUGUUGGAAUUAUUUAGCUGGAAGAAGUGCUUUGAAAAAGUUUUGUGCCUAGUUUAUGUUAUGACAGUAAAGGACAUGCACAGUGCUGUGGACUUGGUCACAAACAAAAAAAACUAGUUUGUAUAUAAGAAACUUUGCCCUGGACAGUAGAACUCUUACCUGUACAUGCACUGCAGUUGCUGCUUUUGAUUUUGUUUGGUUAUCACACUCAUAGUUGUACCUGAAAACAGCAGUUUUGUUCAAUACAUGUGUCUGCAGGCAAACAAACGUACACGGCAUUCAAGUGUUAUUGUUGCAAUUCCGUCUUCAUAAUGUGCUUCUGUGCUUCUAGAAGUUUCUCCUUUUCAUAGCUCAACUUGUGUUGUUGAUUGAUGUGGUGUGGUGCUAAACCCUGUUUUGCUGCCAAAAAAAAAGAAAAAAACCUGCUUCCUGACGGACCAUUUGCCUGUGUGGAGCUUCUCGUAACUGGGAGGAGGUUCAGAUGCAGUCUUUACUCAGUAUAGAUACAACACCAGACUACAGAAGUACCUACAUAGUGACUUCCAUAACCCACCUCACUAGUGUGGCAGUGUACAGCCACAUGUGUUACACAAAACAGACAGUCCGUAUUUGAACUCUGUGGAUUUCAUUUUCUGGACUGAGUCUCGAGAUCUCUCACACACCAAGAUGUCGUUCCAGCUACUCUGACCCAAAUAUGAAAGCUAACCUGAGUCAAAGAUAGGUUGAAGUCUUUUGGUCUCAUCGUUCCCUGUGAUUCUUGUGUUCAGGCUUUAGUUUUCAUUUUUUUUAAGCUCAUGCAGACAAAAUGCAGACAUCCAUAGCAGAUAUGGAAAAUGCUGUGUGGGAGGCAUUUGGGAAGUUUUUGGUUCCCACGAAGAGUGGUGUCGGAGUGGAGCACGCAGGCCAUGAGGUCUGUUAGAAAGAGAUUAGUUGGAGAAAAUCAAUUCUCAAAAUCAACACCCAAGCUGUCUUCUGUGUAUAUACCAUGUAAUGCAGUUUCAGCGUGAUGUCAGCUGAGGUGUUUGUUAUAAGGCCCGUUUUCCAGUCUACCAACAAGACAGUGGAGGAGUAAUGAAAAGACUGAAGGCUUUUCUUGUCUUCUCUACUGGUUGUCAUUGUUAGGAAGAAAGUGUGUCUCAAAGCCUUCUGGGAACAUGGUGUGUGGAUAUGUGUGUGUGUCUGUUUUAUUUUUGGGCAAGACAGUGAUCAAAGCAGACAGGGGCAUUCUAGAACAUUCUGCACAGGAGUGGGAGAGGGUGACGGGCUAUUAAAAAUCACCUAAAAAUCUUAAUGCCCCCUUUUUCCAUGCUUAAAUGGUCAGAGUUGUCAUGGUAACUGAUAUUAGGGCUCUGUCCCCACUUCCCGCUGAGGUCAUAGGAACGUUCUCCUGGCGGUCAGUGAGUCAUGCUGCAGUUUGAUCAGAUUAACACUUCAGCUCUUAGUAACUAGCCUCUCACCAGCCCUGACAAUCAUGCUUUUCCUUUGUCAUCAGUCUGCUUUUGCUUCUGAGACACUGCAGGGUGAUGUUGCUUGUUGGUCAUGAAAAACGGAGCAGCAGUGUCAGCUUCAUGUGUUUAAAUAUUCAUCAGAAGCACAAGGCCUGGGGUGAUCAGUGCAUGCCGUGGCCAGUAAUGUGGCAUAAAUUUGCACUCAAGACUGAUGAGGGAGCAUCCUGUGUUUUGAUAUGUUUUUUUAAGUUAUCAAAAAUCAAAUGAAAACUGACAAAAAAAGAAACUAAAACUGCAAAUAAGGAAUGGUAGCUGUGCCCCAUUGUUGCAAUAUUUGUAUUAUUUAAGAUAUUUUUGUUGUUUUGUUGAGAUUUAGAAAUGUCAAAAUUGAGAACUGGCAGUCAUAUCUCAGUAAAGUCCUGUUUAAUGGAAAAUAAUAGUAUAAAAUCUAAAAUGACUAAUCAACUAAUAUGACUGGUCAUUAGAAUUUUUGACCUCUUAAUAUCAGUAUAAUUUUCUUGUCGGUCAAGCACUGGUGCGCAGUCUGAGAUUUUGCUCUCAGGCUUAUUGAUGCUGUCUUUUACUGACUGCUUCUUAAGGCUGCAAAUGUGAUCAAUAGAUCUAAGUGACAUUCAACCCAAUAACAACUAAAGCAGUGACAGUUCUCUAUCGAGCGCUGACAUCAACUGUGUUCCAGAUGCUCUGCAGGGCACUCAUUGUGAAAGGAGUUUACCAGUAGCAAAGAAAAUGGGGUCACAUUUGGCGUAGACAUCAGACCUAAAAUAACUUGUCCACAUUCAAAAGAAGACCUUGAUAAUAUAGCAGUUUAGUAAUAGGAAGACAAAAAGGCAGAAAAAUAGUUUGAGGUAGAGAUGAAGUGAUAGACAUUGUAGUGAAAAGGACGAGAGAAAGAAAAGGCCAAUUGAGUUAACUGGCCAUUAAUCUGUUGGUCAUGAUUGUAUUCAAUCAUUAUAAAGUGUUGUCUGAUGCAGUUGUCUGUGUUGGGCAGUCAGGCAGUCAGGUUGAAGGACUCUCUUUUUCUGGACCCAGUUCCUUUUUCCUGAAGCCAGUUCCCGAGAGAGAAAAAAAACAAAAUGAUGAUUCUCCACGCUAAAUGUGUAAUAACUGGGGACUGGGUUGUUCAUGUCUGUCCUCUGUCAAAUUCAUGCUCCCGCCUACUCUUAGCCAACACAAUGACACUUUAAUAAUUGUUUAACUUUGAUCAUUUGUUUUGUAAAGUCUCCCAGACCCACGCAAUGGUAUCAUACAAAUGUGUUAUAUUUUUCCAGUGCCAAUAAGUGUGAAGGUGGUUUGAGUUCACCCUCACUUUGCAGUACUUACGGUAGCCAAGCUGGUUUUCCAACACUGCCCACGACAUGUCAAAUUAACCCACUGCUUCUUGGGAACUGUUACAAAAUUAGACACGACUCGAGCCCACUUCUGGUUCUGAAACAGAUUUUCAAAUGAAGUUCCCUCCAACAACUCUGUGCGCUUUCUAUUCAUGUGAGUCAUGCUGUUAUCAUGGUGAUGCUGUCUCCAUGGUUACAAUCAAUUUGAGGUAAUCUGAGGAUGGUUUGUUUUGACUCUCAUACUAGACAGUUGCGACCCAGUUCCUGUUUAUGACAAUAACUCAGCAUGCAGACUUGUGAUGUGUUUAGUUCAGUCAGUGAGAGGUGGCUUUGAUGCCUAUGUAGAAUAAGCAUUCCUCUUACUCAUGCCCAAAUUGUGUUUACACUGAUCCUGAUGUAAUGAAGUGAUACUAAAUGAAUUCAUACUGCAACGUCACUGCUCAUUCACUCCACCUGUGAAGGGUGUAAAUAUGUGGCUUUAAAGCCUUUUGGUCCAAAUUAGUCUUCAUGUUUAAGCCAAUGGUUAGGAAUCCAAUUCAGAAGCAGUUUUGUUUGAAAACAUUCAGUUUUAUUAAGAAAAUGUAGAUGCACUUUGUUUUAAAAUUUAUUUCAGCCCCUAAAAAUACUUUAUUAUUGUUUUAGAUAUCUAACUGUUACCUGUUCUGUCUGUCUGUUACCUUUAAUGAAUGCAGAACAGUCUUUAUUUUAGCGAAGUGAACGAGCAGCACUGGAUUCAUAAAUUAACACCCGGAUUUAUUUGCUGCUGCGUGGGAUGGUGGGUGUGUUUGUGGGUGACGACAUGUCUAAUGUGGUGCUAAAAAUGCUCAGAUGGCACACUUGUGACUAUAUUAUAGUUACUUGCUGGUUUAGUCAAGACUUGUCGUUGCUCCUUGUACUUACUUUUUGAUCAUAGCAAGAUGCAGAUUAGUAGAUGGAGGCUUUUUUUUUUAACCUAACCGUAGUAGGAAGAUGCCGUGAGAAGCUUAAUGUUGAUCAGUUCAUCUGAAUUCCAGCUGAUUUAUUAAUUCAGUGAAUGAAUCACUAGAUCUGUAAAUGCAUAGCUCGGAACAAUACACUAGCAUUAUGUAGAAAUGUUAAAAUCCAGUAUGUGGAACAGAGGGAAAUAUGCAGCAUCAGCUGAUAUUUUAAAGCACUUUAAGUUCAUCCAUUCCCUCCCCUGCCCUCCCUAAUGCCAAACUGAAGGCCAUUGGCUUAAUAGCAUACCACAUAAACAUCAAAACCACGAGUUACACAGAUAAAGUGGAAUGUAAUGAAGAAUGUCCUAUCUUUAUGGCAUACCAAAGUUGAUUGUGAUCUUCCCUGUUCAUAACCUUACACAAUUCUAAAGGUCAACUGAGUGUCGGCAUAGACAAAAAAACAGAAAACCUGCUGGUGGUCUCAAUUCACUUUUUAGACCAAUUGGUUUUAUCAGUUCAGUCUCUUGUUUUGAAGAAGAAUGUAUUUCUGUGGUGAAGUUUGAAUGGUUUUCUCAAUGUUACCUUAAAUUUGUGACAUGAUUGAGACGUUGUUGAUUGUGCCAGGCUUACUCCGUGUGCUGUUUGGGGUUUGUACAUGCUUGUACAAAAAAAAAGCACACUCAAUUUUGAAUUACUGUGUGAAUGUGUUAAAUAAGUGGGUUAUUUGCAAUUUAUUUAUCUAUACAUUGGUAAAUAAAAGGUGAAUCGGAACAGCA